AUGGGUACACCGAAGAGCAUCGAAGAGAAGAUGCUUCAAGACCAGUAUGGAUACGGUAUAGCCGUCAAGUUAAUAUCAAUCUCAGUCUGCCUGAUCGCGUUCAUCCUUGCGGUGACUGGCAUCGAGUUAACACUAGCCUGGAACCAUGUAUGGGACGUCUACACGAUUCUCACCGCGGGUCAGAUCGUACCCCUUACUGCUGGUGUCGCCGUGCUCUUCACUGCAUUGUGGGAUUUCUACCACGGCCCACUGCAACAUGGCGGCAAUUAUAGGCGUAAGAUGCGCAAACUUCGAAAAGCUAGACUGUCUGGCAACUGCGUUGCUCCUGCCGAAACUGCAAUAAAGCAGAACGGCUGGGUGAGGAUCAAAAGCGCCGUCAUGACACCCAGUCGGCCGUUCAAAGAUUACGACGGCGAGCGGCGGCAAAUGCAAGAAAAGACAGUGCUGCAAAAGGUUGUCGCACAAUGGAGAAUGCUCGCUGCUACCAAAAGGAAUGGAAGCCAGGGUGAAUCUAUAUCCUUGCUUCUUAAUGCUCGCGAGAGUGUCCAUGGCGAAGGAGCACUGCCUUUGGCGGAGGAACGAGGGUCGAGCUCGGAGAGAAUGUAA